AUGGCGCGGUUCGGGAGGAGCAUCGCAGCGACGCUGUUAUUUGCAGCGCUUCUGAUGAUUUCGACUGCCGAUGCGGCGCUUUGGUUCGACCGCAUCUACGUCGUCAUCUUUGAGAACACAGACUACUCCGCGGCCAUCGCCGACCCCAACUUCGCCAAGUGGACGGCGAAGGGGAAGAAGUUGACGAAUUACCACGGCGUGGCGCACCCGUCUCAGCCCAACUACAUCGCCAUGAUCGCCGGGUCCACUCUUGGCGUCACCGACGACUCCGUACACAACCUCUCGCAGCAGAAUCUCGUGGACCUUCUGGAAACCGCUGGGGUGUCUUGGAAGUCGUACAACGAGAAUUACACGGCGUCGCCCAACGUUUGCAACCUGGCGGCCACCAUCGGAUCCGCCGUCUGCCCAAACCAGACCAAGAAAACGACCAAGACCACCCUGUACGCGCGCAAGCACAACCCCUUCGUGUCCUUCACGGACAUCCAGGGCAGCGCUUCUCGAUGCAACAAGAUUGUGCCCGCGACGCAACUGGCAGUGGAUAAGGCCAACAACGCCAUCCCGCAGGUGGUGUUCUACGUGCCAAACCAGUGCAAUGACGGACAUGAUAUUGGAGUCACCUACGCUGGAAAGUUUCUGGACAGCUUCAUGACCAGCACUUUCACUGGCAACGCCAUAACGGGGCGCACCAUGGUGGUGAUCACCUUCGACGAGAACUCGGGCACUUCAGGGAACCAGAUCCUCACAGCGCUGGUUCCGUUCGGGACCAUGGGCAUCACCGUGGGCAGCAGUGACAAUACCAACUUCAACCAUUACUCUCUGCUCAAGACCAUUGAGCAGAACUUCGGCACUGGCAAUCUGGGCCAGAACGACGUCACCGCCUCCCCAUUCAACUUCCCUUGA